AUUCGCAAGAUGGCGGACAAGUACUGACUUCUCACUUCUUGGAAUCAAAUAUGCGGUGCAUUUUCCUGUAGUAUGCUGAGAAUAGACUUCGGCCAAAGCUUAUUAGACCAUAGCGGGGUCUUAAUACUUGUUCAGCCUGUGGGAUACAUCGGUGAUAAACGAUUCAAAGCAAUUUUCGACGAAAUUUCCACGUAUCGUACCGCACAGGUACCGAACACUAUCAGGACACUAAACCUUCGGUACUCGAAAAGGGUCAGUCCUCAAUUCACCGAAUGGGGAAAUUUUCAUUUUCACAAACGAGUCUUGGGGCUUAUUUGUGUUGGAUGGUGCACCGAGAUUUCAGAGGUAGAAAAGCUUGAAAAAGCGAUAAAUGAAAUUAAAAAUCCUUUUAGUGCAAUACUUUUGAACACAAGAUGUUUCGUCUUUGGCUGCCAGUCCAACGACGAAUCAAAGAUCAGGAAAGAUUUCGCACUUAUCAGAGGUGAAGAUCAUUCCGGAGACCUUCAAAGUAACCUCGCAGAAUUUGUAGCUUCUUUGUUCAACGUAUUGGAAUCGAAGAGGAUCAGUAAACUGUCAGAGAAGAUUGAUAAAAUAACCCUGAUACAGGCGCCGGUAGAGCAUGAAGUCUUUGGAGGAGAGAAUGACAGCAGGACAAGCAAAAGAAAAACUAUUGGAAGGUCCAAAAAAUACACUGGAGAUUUGUGUAUGUUGGCUGGUUUGCCACAAGAAGCUCUCUCUCAAUACCUUAUUGCUGGAGAACAUUUAAGAGUCGUCAAUGAUCUUCUAUGGCUUGCUGGUGCAUUGGAGGGACAAUGUGCAGCAUCACUACUACUGACCAGAACUGCUACAGAAAAGGACAGGAAUUCAUUGAUUUUACCAAUUGAAUGUGCAGCGAAUUCCAUGAAUUUAACAAUGAAUGGUUUAGGAGGUGAUGUAGAUGAAUCAAAAUUUAGGAAUCCACAAGCACUCAGUGAAGACGAGAUUGUAGAAAGGCUCUCAGAAGCACUGAGACUCUAUAACAGAGUCAAAGGUGCUGCUGUUGUGGAAACAGAAGCUAAUCUUAAGUUUACAAGGCUUUUAAUCACUUAUAAGAGACGGAUUGAUGCCAGUGUGGCACUGCAGAAUUCCCUUUCAGUAACUGUUUCACUGACAGAACAAGAAAAGAUCCAGCGGUACAGUGCUGCAGCAGUGUUAUAUGAUGAGCUGGGAUUUCAACGCAAGGCUGGAUUUUUCAGUCGAAUUGCAGCCAUGCAGUGUGUUUCACAACUAAUGCCACAUCCUCUGUGGCUCUAUUCUUACAAAUUUCUCAUGAGUGCACUGGAGGGGUACAGAAUUUCUCUCGAUCAAAAAGAUGUUGCCACAGGUGCUACAAAUGGUUGGCCAGCUCUCCAAAUCAGGCUUCUUAAUGAGCUUAUUUACACUGCUCGCCGGCUAGGAGAUCCUUUCGGGACGUUUAGGCAUAUCACAUUUUUACUGCACACAAUGCAUGACCAUUUGAGUGACGACGAAAUGAAAGAGUUAUGUUUACUGUUGGAGAGUACAGCCAAGCAGUGUACCGGAUCACCUAGAUCUCCCAAGUCGCCCAAGGAAACAGAUGGGCAGAAAAUUGAUGCCUUAGACAUGGCUUUGAUACCCCUUACUAAAAUGCCUCUUGUUAGAUCGUUUAAAGUUCAACCUCUUCCUCCACACAUGAAACCUGUUGGAAAUAAAUCAGUUGUAGCGUCUGACUCGGAAUCAGCAGGACCGUUUAUAUUCUCAUCUCUAAGAGGAAAAGUUAAACAAUCAAAGAAAGGCAAAAUUACAACUUGGGUGUGCGGGGACAUCGGUCAAGUUUCGUUGGAUGUCUACAAUCCUAUGCCAUGUGAAUUAAGAGUCUCUCAGAUGCAUGAAAGGGACCAUUAAUCUGGAAAACAUUGGCAAGAUGCCAGUCGAAAGUCUGAAUAUUUCUGUUACUAGCAAGGAUGGGGAAGGACUCGAUGAACUCUUCAGUUUUGAUGAGGAAGAAAUCAAGUCCAAGCUCCCAGUCCUUCCUGGCCACUCCACCGACAUCACAGUAACAAUAACUGGCGCUCAUCGCUUCCCACAAGGCACCGAGAGCAAUGAAAAUCCCAGCUACGAUCCGGCGGCACCAUGGGGCUUGACCGGUUCCAUUCAGUUCCGUUACUCAACGGGAUCUAGCAGUCACAUGUCACGUAAGGUCACCAUGGCCAUAGAUGUGACAGUAGUGCCCAGCUUAAUCUGUGAAAACUAUCAGAUUAUAGAGCUCCCUAGUGAUCGAUCUCAUUGUUUACUGAUGUUUGAUGCUGUUAACAAGACCUCCAAUGACAUGGAACUGUCCCUGUGUGUUGGCAACUGUAAUGAAUCUAAUUCUGUAGGAGAGUUGACUACGGAUGGUGCGAUGAAUAUUCAAGGAAAUGACAAAAAUAGGAUAACGAUGAAUUUGCCGAGAUUUACUUUACCAGUGUCUGAUAACCAUAACGAAGAGGUUAAUGCUGACUCCCAGAGACGCGCUGAAUACGAAAGAAGAGUUUGUGACUUGGUUAAGAUUCGUUGGAAUCUUCCAGCAUGUAACGCUGAAGGCUGUGGUAGUGUAGAGAAUCUGAAACUAAAUACGAGUAUGAUGCAGGCAUUGAGACCAGAUCCAGUCACAUUUGGUGUUCAGAUCAAUGGAGAGGAAUACGACAACACUACAUCAAGUGGAAUCACUAUCUCACUGUGCACGAUUGUGAAGCUCAAUGUUCAUGUGUCUAAUCAAAGUGAUGAACCUCAUGGGCCUUUAGUGUUAGCCAUUGAACCUUACCAAGACCAGGCCUCCGGUUGUCCGGUGACCGAGCUGGAUGGAAAGGUGGCCUGGGUAGGAACGUUACAAGUUCAUACUCCUGAGGUACUACCCGGGAAGUCUUUCUGUCACUCGUGUUCGCUGAUUUUUUUGUAUGCGGGACAAUUCAUGGUCUCCAUUUCUUGUACUGAGACCGCAACGGAACAAACCGCAACUUCUCAACAGGGAACUGGAUCCGAGUCACCAGAAAGAACUUGCAAUUCUGAAAACACAGAGAAAGCUCUCAAAGGAGAAAUACAUGGUUUGAAGAGAUCAUGGACAUAUUCGCCGUCCGUUAAAAUACGCGUCGUAUGAUGAGAGCCAUCGAAGAGGAAUACCUUGCAGCUUAGCACUUCGAAUUAAAAAGCGCCGUGGUUCCCUACAAAAUGUCAUUAAUAUAUAUGAGUUAUUUAGAAGAGUCCUUCCAAAUGAUGUGACGUUGUCAAAAUCAACGUCAUUUUUCCAUGGUAGCGCAUUGACUGAUAUGUGUU